GGCACAGCACAGAGGUUGCGUCGAUACUCUCGCACCCCCGUCUGGCACAUUAUCAAUACCAGCGCUGGAUAUAUUGUGUGAAAGAGAUUUUCCGUUUUACGCUCAGUGCUACGCGAAACCAUGUCUGCCGAGGGAGCGCCCGCAGCGCCAGGAGGUGCCGGCCUGACGCCAGGGGAGGAUGGCGCCAUCGUGGGCGGGCCCAGGACCCCGCAGCAGAUAGCCGCGCAGAAGAGGCUCCAGCAGACACAGGCGCAGGUCGACGAGGUUGUUGAUAUAAUGAAAACUAAUGUCGAGAAAGUACUUGAGCGAGAUCAGAAACUAUCAGAACUUGACGAUCGAGCAGAUGCCCUCCAGCAAGGAGCCUCACAAUUUGAACAACAAGCAGGAAAGCUGAAGAGGAAGUUUUGGUUGCAAAAUCUCAAAAUGAUGAUUAUAAUGGGAGUUAUUGGAUUGGUUAUAUUAGCUAUAAUUGUUGUUAAACUGAUGCCUGAUUCAGCUCCUGUAGCACCUCCACCACCACCACCACCUCCUGGAAUGACUCAGAAUAUGGGACAGAUACCUCCUCAGGCUCCACAGGAACCUCCAAAAACUCGCUAAGGGAAAAUAAUUAUCCACAAGCAUAUUUCAUCUUACAUAUUCAAAGAAAGCCAUUUCUCUUUCAUUUUAACUUAUUACUCUUCUUUUGAAAGGUCUGACUUGUAUUUGAUACUACAAUAUGUGCUGUUAUGUUUAUGAAUUACCCUAUAUUGCAUAUACUAUCAAGAACACCGGGGUGCAAGCACCUAGAUUUACCUUUGUGAAAGUUCACGGGUAUUGUUGUCUUGUUAACGAAUAUAUGAUAACCAUAAUAUAUUAUUACAUGUAAAAAGUUAUGUAUAGUUUGUUAUGACAACUUUUGCCAUUAAAUUUAUGGUGCAUACUUAAGGGUAGUUGGACUAUACUGUACUGUAAUAUUCAUACCAUGUGUUGAAUGAAAGUAUCAUUAGUGCAUUAGCAUACCAUUUAAAGAAAUGAACUUCAGUGUUAAUGUUUUCUGAUAUUUGCCUUACUGUGAACAACACAAUCAAGUACUGAUGUUGUGAAUGUGAAUUACUUAUUGUAAAUAUGAUAUGACAUUUACACAUAAUUUCAGCAUUAUAUUUUUAGUUGUUACUGCAUUUGCAGAUAUUCAGAUGCAGCAGAACUUAGAGCUUUUCUAUUUUGGUCUUAGUCUGCUCUUUGUGAUAAAGACAUAGAAUGCUGUGACUACAAAUAAUGUUAUGAUCAUCUUUUCUGAGCUAUGUGUGAAGUGAGCAAAUGAGAUCCACAGUUAGUUCAUACUGAUACAUCAUUACAAAGAUUUUUUCCAUAUGCCUUGAAGCAGGUGUGCCAGAUCAUUAGAACUGUACUACGUUUUUCAAAUAUUUCUGAAUUUUUUGUAUGGUUUGAGAGAAAAAUUCAAUGAAAAAUAUUAUGAUAAUCAUAUAUAUGGACAAGACAAUACAGACUGGCAAAUAUAUAUAACUAGCAAUUCUAUUCAUUUUUGGUUAUAGUGAGAAUAAUUUAGUGUUAUAGCACACUUUAAUAAUGUUUUUUGUUGUCUUUAUGCCUAUGCAAAUAUUUGGAACAUAUAACCACUCUAACUGUUUGCCACUGGAGAUUGUAUGUAUGACUUCAUUUACAAUCUGAGUAGAUUAUUGAUAAUAGAUGAUGAAAAUAAUACUAUCCAUGCUAAAAUGUAAAUGAUAGGUAUUGAAAUGAAUGGAAUGUAAAAUGUACUAACAUAUAUUCUUUAAAAACAAAGAAGUAGACUUCAAAGGUCUAUGUUUGGGAUACCAUUUACCAGUUAUACUAUUUGUUUGAUUUCUUUUUUUCUGAUUUGUUUGUGGGGUAGUAGAGAUUAGGAUUGGCCUAUGUAAAUAGAAUUUGAAGAGGCAGUGCUUGAGAUUUGAUGGUGACAUAUUCUCAAAAAUUUAAACCUUAGGUAAUUGAAGUUGACAUUUAGCCUUUAAUACGUAAAAUAAACUUCACCAAGAAUAAUAAGUAUUCAACAUACAAAUACUUCAACCAACCAAACAUAACUUUGGAUGUGUACUAAUGGUGAAGAUCAUCCUCUUUAAGAACCUCUUCCUAGUCCACAAACAAGGAAGAAUGUCAGCAGUCCAAGGUUAAUGUGUUUCUCAUACACCACUUCUUUUAAAGAUGACUGACUGAGUAGAAUUCAGUGUGAAGUUUACAUGAAUUAUUUAAAAAAAAGCAGUUACUGAAGUGAGCACAAUAGCACUCUUUCAUAUAACCUGUACAUAUAUAUUGCACUACUGUUGACCAUAAUAUGUUACAACUUCCAACCAAAAUUAACAGACAAGGAAUCUUACUAUGUACAAAUGCUAAGAUUUUAAUGGAAAAAUUGUAGUACUGUUUUCCAUUACAUGUGCAUUACAGAAAAUCUUUUGCUAUCAGUAAAGUAAGUGAGACAAAGUAUCUGUGGAGUAUAUAAAUAAUUUUAAAAACUGUUGAAACUAAUUUAAUAAAGUAUGCCUGAUGACUAGAUUGAAAUUUAAAUGUAUGUGAAGCUUUAAUUCAGAUAUCUGGCAUUUAUGAGUAGUAGACAUUGUAAAGCAUAUUCCUUGAAGUUGUUAUUUUUUAGCACUAUAAUAAAUUUAAAAGAAGUUGUGUGUUUGCAGUUA